AUGUCUUUCUAAAUUAAAAUGAAUAUUUUAAAGUGCUUAUAGGUACUUAUUUUACUAAACUUGAUCUCUGCUAAAAGUGGCUAGGAUGUAGCGUGUUCUAGUAAUAAUUGCUCUUCUUGCCCUACACCUUACACUAAUACAAAUUGGAUUAAUCAUGGCAGUAGUUGCUAUAUUGAUAAUUGCCCUGAUAGCAAUGUUGGUUUAUAAAAUACUUCUGAUCUUUUUUGCAAAUCUUGCUUUUCUACAAAUUAUCCCUUUGCAAAUACCGAUCUUACAUCUUGUGUUGCCUCUAAGUAGAGCUGUGGAAGUGAUAGACCUCCAAAUUCUUGGACAGAUUCUGAUUGCUUAGCUUGUAAUGGCACAAAUAAAAUAUAUGCUAGCAGUGAUAAGUCAACUUGUGUUAAUUCUUCAAUGCCUUGUGAUAGUAAUCUAUUAUGGAAUAAUUUAGAUUGCAUGAAAUGUACUAAUUAUUAAAAACCUUAUGCCAACGUUGAUGGUACUGCUUGCAUUAAAGUUAAGCCUAAAUGCGAUGAAAUAGCUGAUAAUUCUUGGACUGAUUAAGAUUGUCUUGCUUGUUAAGGUAUUUCUUCUUAAUAUGCUAGUAUUAAUAAGUCUUAUUGUGUUUCUACUAAGUUUACUUGUGGAAGCGAUAGACCAUCUAAUUCUUGGACUGACUUUGAAUGUUAAUAAUGCUAUGGUACUUCUAAAGUAUUUGCCAACACUGGAAAUUCUUCUUGUGUUAAUUCAAAUUUAACUUGUGGUAGUAGUAGACCGUCUAAAUAGUGGACUAAUUAAGACUGCCUUGCUUGUAAUGGCCCUUCUAAAUAAUACGCAAAUGCUGAUAGAUCUGCUUGUGUUCCUUCUAUUCCUAACUGCGGAAGUGGAAGACCUUCAAAUACUUGGACAGACUCUGAUUGCCUUGCUUGCAAAGGUAUUUCUAAAUAAUAUGCGAAUAUAGACUAAUCAGACUGUGUUUCCUCUGCUUUUACUUGUGGUAAUUAAAGAACUGCUAAUACAUGGACUGAUUCUGAUUGCCUUGCUUGCUAUGGGACUUCAAAGUAAUAUAGUAAUAUUGCCCAGUCUAAAUGUAUUUCCUCUAAUCUUACUUGUAGUUAUUCAAGACCAGCUAAUUCUUGGACAGAUUCAGAUUGUCUUGCCUGCUAUGGUGCUUCUAAAUAAUAUGCUAAUCCCAAUAAGUCAUUAUGUAUUGCUACUCUUCCUAUUUGUGGAAGUUAGAGGCCUGAAAAUUCUUGGACAGACUCUGAUUGUCUAGCUUGUUAUGGUACUUCUAAAUAAUAUGCUACUAUCAAUUAAUCUGAUUGUGUUGCUUCUAGUCUUACAUGUGGAAGUGGUAGGCCUGAUAAAUCAUGGAAUGACUCAGAUUGUCUAGCUUGUUACGGUAAAUCUUAAUCUUAAGCUAAAUCUGAUAAAUCUGGAUGCUUAUUACUUUAAGAUUCUUCUAUCUCAUCAUCUUAUAUUCUUUUUUAAAGUUUAGUAAUAGCUUUUAUAUUUUUGCUAAUUUGA